AUGUUGACCAAAUCCGUAGAUGGAAAAAAAGAACACUUUGAAGCAAUUAGUAACAUCGCUCCUAGCAGCGAAUCUAGCUUCGAAAAGGGCAGCACAACAACCAGCAGCAAAAUAACAACACCAUGCCCUAGUCUAGUGGAGAUAAAGGAUGCAAUCAAGAAGGUGAAGCCAACGAAGCCCCGGGCGAAGAAGGCCAAAACUCUUCGCAUCAUAGUAGAAGUUGAGUGGCGCUCCUCACUUUACAUGCAAUUUGUCGACUUCAAGAAAGCAUUCGAUACAAUCAAUCGAGUUCCAAUAUGGCUGGCGUUGAGUAGAAAGGGCGUUCUCGCUAAGAUAAUCCGCCUCAUCAUAACACUUUGCGAGAACUACGAACUGACAGUGCUCCACAACGGCAACGUAAGGCAAGUUUGUCCCCUGUCGCCCCUUCUCUUCGGCAUUGUCCUAGACAGUGCUAUGAGCGAAUUUACCCUGCACAAAAGAGGUAUCGUAUGGAGUUUCACCAGACAUCUUGAGGGGCUGUACUUCGCCGAUGAUAUCUGCCUCCUCUCUUACAAACUCACUGGCAUGCAAGCGAAGGCGAACGCUGGCACGUACACAAUAAAGCCAGACCUAUAG